GGUGGGCGUCUCUCCCUUCCGAAAAUUGUCUGGCCAUUCCAUUCUCACAGCUCGUUCUUCUCCUCUCCUUUCUCCAAGCCUGUGCGUAUACCAGAGCGGAGGAUGAACUCUCUACUGAAAUGGGCUCUCAUCCUGUUCUUCCUCAUCUCCAUCAUUCUGAACAUCGUCCUGAUCGGCCUCCACUCCAGCAGGUCGACCAAAUGUUCCGCUCAGCGUGUUCACCCGCUGCGGGGAAAACACGACGAGCGCAGCCUCGUGUUCGCUGACCUCACUCUGGAAGAGUACUCGCAGGUCCAGCAGUACAUGCUCAAGCAGAAGGACCUGGACAUCUCCACCAAACAGCUCACCAAACCAUCUGAAAACUUCUUGUUCUUAAUAGACCGGUCUCUGCCAAAGAAAGCUGACGUUCUGGCUUACCUGGACACGAAAGGUCCCAAACCAGCGAGAGAAGCGACGGUGGUGGUUCUCUACGGUGCCAAAGGUUACAUCAAGGAGUAUGUAGUGGGGCCUCUUCCCAACCCCACAUACCACAGAGAUGUCACCAAAGAGAGGUACAACAUGGAUCUGCCCAUCAAUUCACGUUUGGCCACCAUCGGGGAAUACGCGCUGAUGUUUCAGUUUCUUGACGCUGAAGUUUUCUCCAAACUGACGAAAAUCAUGAAAGAGAGUUUCGAUGUGGAUGAGAAAAAACCACUGAACGCCUUCGAGCAGAUGCCCCGGGGAGUCCGAGCCGGAGACAGAAAGACUUGGAUCUCCUUCUUCAGGGAUAUGGAUGGAAUGUACAUCCACCCGGUGGGCUUCGAGGUGCUGCUGAACCAUGAGAGCCUGAACGCGUCCCAGUGGAGAGUGGAAAAACUGAUGUAUAACGGCAAAUACUUCAACACUGUAGAAGAUCUGAAGGACGCAUAUGAUAAGGGGACUGUUAAGAAAAUAGUUUACAAGGAGACACCUGAUUAUGGCUCUCUGAGACCCAGGAACAAGCCUCUGCAGAUCGGCCCGCAGCAGUUUUACGCAGAGGGGAAACGCUACAGCAUCCAGAACAACCACGUCCUCUACCUGGACUGGAGCUUCGCCUUCGGCCUGAGCUCCCUUACAGGCAUGAGGGUGUUUGAUGUGCGCUUCAAGGAGGAGAGGAUCCUCUACGAGCUGAGCGUGCAGGAGGCCAUGUCCAUUUACGGUUCAGUGACACCGGGGAUGAUUCUCACCAAGUUUCUGGACUCUAGCAUCGGGAUAGGGCGCUUCGCGCACGAACUUGCCCGUGGCGUGGAUUGCCCCUACGAGGCCACAUACGUGGACACGUACCGCUACAUCGAUGUUCCAAUUCCCAUGAGGUUCAGGAAUUCAAUCUGCAUCUUUGAGCACAACAUGGGUCAGCCCCUGAGGAGACACUUCGCGGACUUUUUCCACAACAGCUACGGAGGGAUGGCGAACAGCGCGCUGGUGUUCAGGACCGUCACAGCUAUUGGGAACUAUGACUACAUGUGGGAUUUCAUCUUCUACCAGAGCGGAUCAGUGGAGGCCAAAGUGCACGCCACAGGCUACAUCGCCUCUUCCUACCUGGUGGAUGGCAGUCUGAAACACGGACACCAAGUAGCAGAGAAUGUCCUGGGAAACAUCCACACUCACUUCAUGAACUUCAAGGUGGACCUGGAUGUGGCUGGUGUGAAGAACAUGUUCCAGACCAAAGACAUGGAGUACGUUAAUGUGUCGUUGCCAUGGAUGCCUGAUCGCUUCGCUAUGGUGCCUCAGCUGGUGGAGAAGCAGGUCAAAACAGAAAAGGAAGCCGCCCUGCGUCACGGCACCAAGACGCCUCGCUACCUCCACAUCGCCAGCAACACUAAGAACCGCUGGGGACACAAUCGCUCCUACAGGCUGCAGGUUUACAGCUUCGCAGGAGAUCACCUCCCAGAGAGUGAGGCUGAGGAGAGGUCCAUGUCCUGGGCCAGGUAUAAGGUUGCCAUCACCAAGCAUAAGGACUUAGAGCAGACCAGCAGCAGUCUGUACAGUCAGAACGGCAUGUGGACUCCAGCUGUGGACUUCAGCAAGUACAUUGAAGACAACGAAAACAUAGAAAACGAGGACCUGGUUGCCUGGGUGACCGCCGGUUUCCUCCACAUCCCUCACGCCGAGGACAUCCCCAACACGGUAACCGUUGGCAACGGGGGCGGGGUCCUGCUGCGGCCCCACAACUACUUCAAUGAGGACCCCUCCAUCCACUCUGCUGACAGCGUGUUCUUCAGCCCGGGUGCUGAGAACAGCUGCGACAACAACAGGAUGGCCUGCCUUGCUCAGGAGACCUGCAGCCCCGUCCUGGAGCCCUUCACCUUCCACGGCUUCGAGGGAGUCAUGAAGUUUGAAGACUGGCUGUGAUUUAUCCUUUCCUGCUAGGAAACAGCUGUGGUGAACUCAGAGGUGUGCUUGGGCUUAUUUACCAAUGUAUGAAGAUGCUUGUGUCACUGUGUUAUAGAAGCAGCUUGGGAUGGCUCAGGAGUUUAAAUCUGCACUAGGGGGCGAUCAUAGACUGUAUAUAAAGAUGGACGUAGCAUCUGGCUCCAAAAAUGAAGUCCACCCGGAAGUGUCAAAAACUUGCAAUAUCACGCCGUCCGCUAGGGUUGGCUCCAAAAAGCUUUUUCUCCAUAGACCCCAAUUCAUUUUUGGAAAAAAUAAAAUUUGAUAGACUGAUGUUCUUCAGCUCAGGAUUUUUUCCCGUUAGUUUUCAUGGUCAAAAUGAGAGAUCAGGUGGCCGAUCUUAAAAUAAAUCAAUACUGAAUUUCAAAUAAAUCGUUAAAGUUGGCGGAGCCAGGGGGCGUGGCUAUACUUGAUAGACAGCAACAGAAGCCUCUGCGGUAAAAUGUGGGCGGGAUAAGAGAGUCCUCAGCCAAUCCUGCCCCUAGUUGCUCUCCGGUCCAGUCUGUUUGAUGACGCUUUUUACGUCACUGGCUCCAAAAAAUCCAAAACGGCGACCAGGAAGUAGCAAAAUCCGGGCUUCAUUUUCUCGGCGUUGAAACCAACGGGUGACGUCACGGUUAGUUUAUGCCUGGGGGCGAUUAGCUUUACAGUCAGGUCUGUAAAUAUUUGGACAUGGAUACAAUCUUCAUCAUUCUGGCUCUGUGCACCACCACAAUGGUUUGAAAUGAAACCAUCAGGAUGUGUUUUAAGUGCAGACUUCAAAUUUUUGCAUGUAAAAUUCUUCAACCCCUGACAUUUCUGACAUUCUGGCAAAAUGAGCAACAUUACAACUGUAGGUGACCAAAUCAUAUGAGCUGAACAGUUAGUUUAUUGAAAUAUAAUACCAAAGCAAAAAUCAAGAUUUAAUGAAAAGAUUCAUUCAUUUAAAGAUAAAUGUUUUAGAGGUGUUGCAGCUGUAUUGAAGCCAGGCAGACUGUUUCCCUCUGUUUUCAGCGCAGUGUGCAGCUUUAAAGAUCCGUCUUUGGAUCGUUAACUACUAAUCAUGCAGCCUUUACACUGUAGCAAAUUUUUGUCUUCAUUCAUUUUACAAACAUAGAUUGUAUAAAAAAAUAAGGAUAUAGCCUCUGAUGAGUGAAACCAGCAUUCAGGUGCCUUAAACCUGCAUUCUUCUUUUCAGCCAGCAGGGGGCGACUCUUUUAGCUGCAAAACCAAAUCUGAUCAUAUCGAAGUCUGUGAGAAAAUCACACUGUUUUAAUUCCUCAGUCAACAUUUUUCUACUGUGUUUAUGGUCUGAAUUGCUACUUCCAAAAAUCCUUUAAUGUAGCAUGAUGUUCAGUUUGUAAGUUAGGGUCCCAUUUAGGACAAAAUAGAUGAUAAAACAGGAUAUGUUUUAGGGCAGGGCUACCUUAUGAUUAACAGAUCACUACCAUGUUAGCAUGUGUAAUAUCUAUGAGUUGUCAUGGCCAAAUCUGAAACACAACUCUUUAAAACAAUAGUUUAUAAACCAGUGGAUUAUCUAAUGGUUUCUUUGGUCAUAUUCUAUAUACGGAUUGUUUACUAUAGACGCAAAGCGUUUAACUUCCAUAAGCUGGAAACACACUGGAGUUAGCUGAUUCAUUCCCUAAAAUGUUACAUUGCAUUAUUUUUUUACAUGCAGUUAAAAGAUCCUCAGAAAUGAAAAGUUGGAUCGCCUGAUCACACAUUUUUGCCGUCAGUACUUUUAAAUUUCAGACAGCCUGACUAUAUGUACCCCUCACUAUUUACUUUAUGUCUUACUUUAAUGAUGCAUACGACCAAACAGUUUGUCAGAGCCUCAAUCUGGGCUCUUCUGGAACCCGACCAUGUUGUUCUGCUGGCAAUCCAGCCUUGAUGGAUUUAAAUGCUGCCUAAAUGGUUUAGAAUCCAUCUUAAAUAUAAAUGAUGUCAUUAUAAUCUGGAAACGUGACUGUGUCUACACAGGAGGUAUUAAGGGACAUCUUGAACUGUAGGUCAGUCACACAUGUAAAUUGUGUAAACUUAAGCUAAUACGAGGCCUGUGUUGAUGGUGGAACGGUUAAAUAAGAGCGUAGCGGAUCUGUCAGAUCUGCAUGAAACCUCAGACGCUGAUCUCCUUCAGUUUUUACAUGUACAAAAGUGAAAAUGUGAAUUAAAUGCUAAAAUGUAAACACAAAACUGUGGGUGACACAGGGAGUAAGGGUUAUGCCAGCAGUGGAGCAGCUUUGCUAAUCUAAAAUGUGUUGCAUGACUUUAAACAAUAUUAGCAGACUUCUGUAUUCUCACUAAUACCUGCUGCCUGGGAUUUAACCGUCUUAUUUCAACCCCACAUGGAUACAACCUGUGAAAUAUCAGUUAGAGAUUAUGCAGCCUGAAAGUGAUUUGUUUUGAUGUCAUCAAUCAGUUUUUAUUUUGCAUAAAGUCAGAAUGUAUUCAGAUGUUUGCUUUGUCUCUGGUUUUCUUGCUGAUGAAGCACUGUGAUGUACAGUCAGCUGUGUGGAAACGAGCGCACUGAUAAACAUGAACAUUAACUCAAAGGUUUUUGAUUUGGUUAAAGACCGAGACUACUGAACAUCCCACUGAGGUUUCAUCCUUUUUCUACAGUUUUUCUGCAGUGCAACAUUGUGAGAAAUGUUUUUGUUGCUAUUUUCUCUCCAAAUAAAACAAACACUUUAUGUAA